AUGGGUGUGAGAGGCGACGAGGAUGACAAUGGCAGCGACAGCGGCGACAGUGUCGGAGAAUAUGAGGAGGGAAGAGUUUUCACGGCGGUGGGAACAUCGGGUAUGAACCUCGGUCAAGAUGUUCUAGGAAACAGGUCAACGCCGGCAUGUGGCGGAGAAGCUCCAACGCCGGCAUGUGGCGGAGAAGCUCCGUCGCCGUCAGGGAUUAACCUGGUAGCGGCUUUGGCAGCGGAGAGGCAAUUCAAGGGGGCCUAG